GAGGUGAUGAGCGGCCGAGGAUACAGUCACAGCUGUGACCUAUGGAGCAUCGGGGUCAUCAUGUACAUGCUGCUGUGUGGCUGUGCUCCAUUUGAGGCCAAAUCCAAAACCAAACGUCUGGACAAAAUGAGACAAGGAGUCAAGUUUCCUCAUCCAGUGUGGGACUUUGUGAGUGAUACAGCCAAAACAGUGAUGUCAUGUCUCCUGACCUCUGACCCCACCCACAGGAUGACGGCCUAUCAGCUGCUAGAGAACCCCUGGAUCACUAAAUCGAGACUCAUCAGACCAGGCAACAUUUUUCCAGUCUUCAACUGUCCAGUUUUGGGAGACUUCUCUCAGCCAGUGCGUCCUCCAAAUGUCCUGGAGCUCAUGAGUCUGUGGUGCCAAAAACACGCAGAUGGCAGUGUUUCUGCAGAGUCCAGUCCCAGAGCUAGCUUCCCGUCACACUACCCCUGCUCUAGCCAGAACAAACUGGACAAUGGUGUCUCCCAGAACCAAAUGAACGGGCACAAGUGUGAAGCUCCUCAGCUGACUGCUCCUCCUCCUCUUCUGCCUCUGCCCUCCUCACAGUCACCAGUAGAGGGCAGCAAACCCUCACAGCCAAAGCCCAAAAAGAAAAGAAACAAGGGCCCCAAUCCUGCGCCGGGCCACAUCCACGGGCCCAGUGUGAGCGAGAACAGUCGGAGCCGAAGGAAGUGACAAAAACAAAAGCACACAGACUUCCGAUGGAGCCAUGAUCCUGCAUACAACCAUAUCUGUGCUUUAGCUAUGCCAAAGUGUGCCAUUUGAACAGGACUACUCUGUAAAACUGUGGGUUCAAUCACACAUGCACAAUCACCACAUCAGGACUAAACUAAGACAAAUUACAUAAGACUAAAUGACGGACAUUAACCAAGACUAGAACACAACUAAACCAGGACAAGUGUGAAUGUGCCCUAUAUCUGUGCUUUAGCUGUGCCAAACUGUGCCAGACCAGGCUGUUUGAACCAGGACUCAACCCAAACCCUAUAUCUGUGCUCCUGUCUCCUGCCACGCUACAAGCCCAGAGCAAUGGGACAAUUCUCCAGAAACAAUGUGCAAUGAAUCAACAGGGGUCAGCCAGACUACAGUGUGAGGGCCAACAUGAA